ACCAACUCCGGCUUUUCUCUUUCGCCUUACAAGCUUCCUCUGUAAGCAGCAGUGUUGUCACUGUCAUCGCCGGUGGCAGAGCUGCCGGAAUUUUUUCUCUCUCCAUAUCUUUACUCGUAUUGGCUUACUAGGUUCUUCAACUUGUGAUACAGAGUAUUAUUUUUGCAGCGAAAUUGAAUUAUAUUUGCUUUUUUAUUUGGGGAAAUUUUGAUCGAUGGACGAUUGUAUGAGUGGAGACGAGGAUUUCUAUGACUCUGAUCACUUGGAGUCGGAUCUUCACUCGCACGAUAUCAUCGAAAAUGAAGAGGCUGACCUGCGGUGGGCCGCACCCAAGGGUUCCUCCACCAAGGUUAUAACCAAAGAAUCACUUUUGGUUGCCCAGAGGGAAGAUUUGAAGAGAGUGAUGGACUUGCUAUCUCUGAGGGAACAUCAUGCACGUACUUUACUUAUUCAUCAUCGUUGGGAUGUUGAGAAGUUGUUGGCGGUUCUUGUGGAGAAAGGGAAAGCAAGCUUGUUUUCUGAUGCAGGUGUCCCUGUGAAUGAAGAUACUGGUUCAUCACUGUCUUUUCCUUCUAAAGUAAAGUGUUGUAUAUGCAGGGAAGAAGUUUCUGCUGACACUGCAACGAAAAUGAACUGUGGGCAUUGCUUUUGCAAUGAAUGUUGGACAAGGCAUUUUAUUGUGAAAAUAAAUGAGGGUCAGAGCAGGCGCAUUAGAUGCAUGGCACAUGAAUGCAAUGCAAUUUGUGAUGAAUCAGUUGUCAGAAAUCUGGUCAGUAAAGAGCAUCCUGAUCUGGCAGAGAAAUUUGAUCGUUUUCUUCUUGAGUCAUAUAUUGAGGAUAAUAAAAUGGUUAAGUGGUGCCCAAGCACUCCUCAUUGUGGGAAUGCAAUACGUGUUGAGGAAGACGAAUUUUGUGAGGUAGAAUGUGCUUGCGGUUUGCAAUUUUGUUUUAGUUGUUUAUCUGAAGCACACUCGCCUUGUUCAUGUUUGAUGUGGGAACUUUGGGCCAAGAAGUGCCGAGAUGAAUCCGAAACAGUUAAUUGGAAGCCUUGUCCAAAGUGUCAUAUACCUGUGGAGAAAAAUGGUGGCUGUAACCUUGUGACCUGUAUUUGUGGACAAGCAUUUUGUUGGCUAUGUGGUGGAGCUACUGGCCGGGAUCAUACUUCGUCAAGAAUUGCUGGGCACAGUUGUGGUCAUUACAAAGAAGACAAAGCCAACAAAACUGAAUGGGCUACGGGGGAUCUAUAUCGGUAUAUGCAUUACCAUAACCGUUAUAAAGCUCAUACAGAUUCAUUUAAGCUAGAAACUAAACUUAAGGAGACAGUUCUAAAGAAGGUGUCAAUAUCAGAAGAAGGAGAUUCAAGGCUUAGAGAUUUUAGCUGGGUAACUAAUGGGUUGUACAGACUUUUUAGGUCAAGGCGUGUCCUUUCCUAUUCAUAUCCAUUUGCAUUUUACAUGUUUGGGGAUGAGCUCUUCAGGGACGAGAUGAAUUCGCAAGAAAGGGAAAUUAAACAGCCUCUUUUUGAGUACCAGCAACAGCAGCUUGAGGCAUACGUUGAGAAACUCUCCAAGAACUUAGAGGAGCCAUUUGACAAAUAUCCUGAUGCCAAAGUCAUGGAGAUAAGGAGUCAAGUCAUCAAUCUGUCUGUGAUCAUUGAUAACCUCUGUAAGAAAAUGUAUGAGUGCAUUGAGAAUGAUUUGUUGGGCUGUCUUCAACUUGGUACCCACAAUAUAGCUCCUUACAAGUCGAAGGGAAUUGAAAGGGCAUCAGAACUUUCUACUUGCUGGACAAACAAAAAUGCGAGGCUAAGGCAGACAGCAAGCUGAAGGGAAGGUAGCAGCCCAACAUGUGCACAGAGAAGAAGCUGCAACAUUAGCACAACAGAGCCAGGGGACCAUGAGUAUAUGCAGAUUUGAUGAUGUGGCAACACAAGAUUGGCAAAACAUUUAUGAAGGGAAAGAGAGUGAUAUAAACCUGGGGAAGGAGAAAGCAGAAGGGGAGAAAAAAAAGAAAUUGUGAAGAAGUGGGUUGAGGGAGAGCUCCAGCCUCCUGAAAGCUAAAAAGGUGGUUUAUUGAGUUUAAUUUUUGGUGCUCUGUGAUCUGUUCAAGUUAUGUUGCUGUUCACGUUAUUUUGUUAUAGUUCUAUGUAAGCUGAGCAGUAUUGAAAACUCAAUAUGAUGUAUCUUAUUUCAUUUCAGUAAAAUUUCCAUUACAAGUUGUUCCUGGUA